AUGCAAUGUCACAAGCCAAUGCCAGAUCCAAACCACUAUAUAUCUCCAGCAAAUCUCUUCCUCAAGGAAGAAGUUUACCGACUCGGAGCAGGCCCAGGCCUCAGAUCCCUACCACCAAGCCCAGAGCGUGACUUUCUUACCUUCUCAUGGGGGCCUAUUGUUUACCGCACCUCCUAUGCGCCCGAAACCAAGCGUCUCUUCCCCGUAUUCCUACGUUGCCUCAACGAUGCCGUAAACCGAUCUUUGGGCCGGACAUUGAUAGGCCCCGAUAAGCAAAUACAAAACCUCACGACGACAUACUCUUCCAAAAUCUUCAAUGCGCAAGCUACAUACGGCGAUAUGGAUGAGGAGGCUAUCCGAGAGGUGUUUCAUGAUUUCAAGGUUUCGCUUGGGAUACCGGAGACAGAGCUCCCGAGCAGACUGCGGAUAUGUUUGAUGCUAGAUGAUGGAGCGUUUUCACACCUGAAACGCGUUUUGGAUCUUUCCUCAAUGGUUGAAGGGGAUGCCGAUUUGGGUGGAUGUUGGGUGAAGGUGGUGGAGGAGAAUUUCCCCGACUCGAGGAUCAGCGAUCACCCGCACAUUGGGGAUGUUGAUAUGGAAGGACCUGACCGUGCGCUGGAGUAUCGUGGGAUAUAUCACGGAUGGACAAUGGUGGCACUCGACGCAUUGGUAGAGGUCUUUGAUGGGUUGCGGCGAAUGAAAUGUUUGGUGGAGUAUCAUCGGGAGGGACGAGUAUACCUGGGAGAAGGCAAAUGGAGCACAUAG